AUUUCCCUGCGAGACGAAGAUUCAGCCAAAUGAAUUGAUCGGAUUAAUAAUUAAUUUAAUUCAUUCACAAUCAUAAAUACACUGAUACGCAGUUUCUCUUGGCUGCUGAUUUUUGUUUUGGAAAAAUGGCUUUACUCGGAUCUAAUUUACCCGGCGAGAUGGGAUUGCGGCUGCUGCUUAGCCCACUUGGUUCUAACAUUGUGAUUCGAACCGCAUGUUGCUCGGUGGGGGUUGUAUUACCUGUCUACUCCACAUUCAAGGCUAUCGAGAGAAAAGAUCAAAACGAGCAAAAGAAGUGGUUAGUAUAUUGGGCAGCGUAUGGUGCUUUCAGCCUUGUGGAAGUGUUCACAGAUAAAUUUCUCCGUUGGGUUCCAAUGUAUUAUCAUGUGAAAUUUGCAUUUCUAGUCUGGCUUCAACUUCCCUCUACUGAUGGAGCAAAGAAAUUAUAUGGGAAUCAUUUGCGUCCAUUUCUAAUGAGACAUCAAGCCAGAGUCGAUAUGCUUAUGGGCAUUGCAUAUGACGAAGUGGCUAAAAUUUACAGCACACACCAAACAGAAAUUGAAUAUGCUAAGACUAUACUCUUGAAGAUUAUGGGGCCAGCUGAUGAAACUAGGAAUGGACACAGGAGCUCAAUUGAGGUCCCUGCUAUUGAACACGAGAUACAAAGAAGCACCGAUGAUGAAUCUGAUCAGGACACUUGAUUCGUUUCCAUUGUCGUGAUGGCCAUGCGGUUCAUAUUUGUAAUUGUUUUGUAAGAAUUGGAGAAUUGCUUUGCUUGUAACAAAACAGAGCAAGAGUAGUUUAUGCUUUGAUUUCAAACA